AAGGUUUAUGUUUUAUGUUAUUUUUCAUUGUAAGUAAAUCUAUUUUUUCGCGGACUUUUUCCACAGUGCACCGCUCUCUUCGUUUCCUUCCAUCUCAAUCAACAUGCAUUUUCCAUUUUCCAUUUGCAUUUGCAUAUCUACAAAUACACUUACCACAUUUUCAGUGGGAACCUCAUCAAACACCUUGCAACAAACAUGGACAAUUUCGAACAAACCGAUGAGAUCCCGUCGACGACAAGUCCCUUCACCGAUCACAACUACGGCGGUUACGACCAUUUCGACGUUCCCUCCGCCGACGAAGGCGACGGCGGUGUUCCUCCGCCAAUGCCGUCUGAUAUAGAUGAAUUCUCUGCUUAUAAUGAUAGCAUGCAGUCGCCGGAGAAUAGUGGAUUUGUUUCGUCUCCUAAUAGGGAGUAUCAGGGUUCGCCUUUUAAUGAGGAAGUGCAAUCUAAGCCGUACGAUCUAGGAGCUGAUACGGAUGGGAUAUUCUCGUCUGGUAAUGAUGGACCGUUGCUUCCUGAUCCUACCGAGAUGCGUGAGGAGGGUGCUGCUUUUCGCGAAUGGCGUCGCCAAAAUGCCGUUUAUCUUGAGGAGAAGGAGAAGAAGGAAAAGCAAAUGAGGAAUCAGAUUAUUGCUGAAGCUGAGGAGUAUAUACAAGCAUUUUAUGAAAAACGGAAGCUCAAUUGCGAGUCCGCAAAAGCUAAUAACCGAGAAAGGGAGAAAUUGUACCUGGCCAACCAAGAGAAAUUUCACAAAGAAGCUCACAAACAAUACUUUAAAGCAAUUGCAGAGAUUAUACCCCGUGAGGUCCCUAAUAUUGAGAAGAGGCGAGGCAAGAAGGAAGAGGAGAAGAAGCCUUCGAUUUCAGUCAUCCAGGGCCCAAAGCCUGGGAAACCCACAGACCUGUCUAGAAUGCGCCAGCUUUUUCUCAAGCUGAAGCAGAACCCUCCACCACAUAUGCUACCUCCUCCUGAGAAAGACAAGGAUGGAAAGGAUGGAAAGGAUGGAAAGGAUGGAAAGGAUGGAAAGGAAAGCAAGGAUGCUAAGGAAGCAAACGAUAAGAAGGAUGGAAAGGAUGCCAAAAAUGAAAAGAUUUCCACACCAAAGGAAGCUAAGGAUGGAAAAAAUGAGAAAAUCGCAACACCAAAGGUGUCUAAGGAUGCCACAAAGGAGAAAAGUUCCACAGGAAAAGCAGCUAAUGAUGCCAAGAACGAGGAAAAUGGCGCACGACAAGGAUCUCCAGCUGCUGCUAUUGACAGGUCUGUUUCAUCAGUCAAGGAUGCUGCGCAACUAGGAUCUCCAAGUGCAGCUCUUGAUAAGCUUUUAUCACCCGUCAAGGAUGCUUCACAACAAGGAUCUCCAGCUGCUGCUAGUGUUGGUAUUCCUAAAGGACCAACUGCGGCUACAUCAACUUCAGUCGAAAGCGGAAAAGUUGCAGAAAGUGAUUCUGCCUCAACAGCAUAAGUUAGUUCCAAUAAUGCAUUUUCUCUUCUUGCCUAAUUAGUCCUUACUACUCUUUUCUGGAGUCAUUAUCAUUUAUUCAUUCUUUUUUACCUUGUUGCUCUAUGUCUAGUUACAAAUAAGAGCGACUCGACUUUUGAGGACAUAUGAUCUGCAGCCAGGGCCUUUCUUCCUGAUGUGUUUAAUUUAGGCUUCUCUUUGCUAAUCCCACAAUGAAUUUGUUUUUCCC